AUGGCCCACCGCCGCACACCGUCUGCCCGCUUCCCCGACCUACACAUGUACGGCAACGGCAGCACCCUCCCCAGCCCCGUCCUCGAAUCCCCGCCCUUCACCCCCGCCGCCGUCAGCUUCGCCGCCCUCUCGUCCAUCGCGAGCCGCAAACCCAGGUCAUACUGGUACCGCACAACAUUCCUCGCGCUCCUCGCGCUCGUCGUGCUCUCCGUCUACAUCCUCCUCGUCGCCCAGCCGUCACUAUCAUCCAUCCCGGCCGCCUUCGACUCCGACAGCCAUCCACAUGCGCACCUGUCGCCAGACGCGUUCCGGCUAGCCGCGCUGCGACACAAGCAUCCAUGGAGCAGCAACGAGAGCACGCCCGGGCGGCCGCAUGUGCAGCUGAACGCGUCGCAGGAGCUCGCGGCGGUAUCAAGUUUUAUCGCGAGCCUCCCACAGAACGUGAUUCCCGGCACCGUCGAUCCUUCCCAGCCGAUCGACCCUCAGCUCGAGGUCGAGACGAUAGUAAAGGACGUAUGGGCACAACAUCCCGUUAUGCUCUAUUCAAAGUUCUACUCUCCCGUCUCUCGCGAGCUCAAGCAGAUGCUCGGGGACCUCUACCUCCAGCCCGCACCCACGAUCAUCGAGGUCGACCAGCGCGUCGACGAGGGCGUCCUCGCGCCGCUGCUCUUCCGGCUCACAGGCAAGUCAGAGCUCCCGAUCCUCCUCGUCGGCGGGCGCCCGCUCGGCACGCUCGAGGAGAUCCGGUACCUCAAGAAGAAGGGCGAGCUCCAGCGGAUGGUGACCGCCGCGGGCGCGGAGGUGUACGGCGCGAGGAGGAAGCAGAAGAAGCUGCACUGA